AUGGGUGGAAAGAAACGAUCGCGAGACGAGGACUACGACGUUAUAAAAAAGAAAAUUAGGAAAUUAGAGAAGCAAUUAAAACGGAAAUCACGCCAUCGGAAAAUAUCUUCAAGUUCAGAAAGCAGCGAUGAAAUACCCAGUUCACUCCAUUCUGACAACGGCUUAGAAAUAAAUUGCGAUGAAACACAAGUUGAAAAUGAUUCUCAACCAGAAUGUUCUGCUAUCAUUGAUGAAUGUCCGGAACUACAUGAAGAUAUUCUAAAUAUACUAGGCCCUGAUACGACCACAGAGAAGCCUUUUGGUGAUAAUUUACACAAAGAUGUUGCUUCGAGAUGGCAACAUAUUUUAUUAAAUGGCUUAUCAAAGGAAAAUAGAUCUGAUUUGUUAAAAACAUAUCUACCUCCGGAAAAUUGUCCGAACAUGAGGGCUCCUAAAUUAAAUUUAGAAAUUAAGGCAGCCUUAACAGAAAUAAAUAACAAAAAGGAUGCUUAUAGCCAAACUAAACAAAAUCAGUUAGCCAGUUGUUUGUCAGCCCUGGGCAAAGCUUUAAAUUUGACUUUGUUUAAAAGUAAGGAAGAUACCACUUCACAGGAAAUAAUUAAGUCACUAAGUGAUGCUGGCCGUCUACUGUGUGACUAUCACUUCAAGGAAUCUCAAUCUAGACGAUACGCUGUUAUCAAUUCAUUGAACAAGGAUACAAGAGACACUAUUAAAAAUACCAAAAUAGACGAUUUUUUAUUCGGCUCCGAUCUUGCCGAUCAUUUGAAAUCUUCCAAGGCGAUUUCAAAGUCUGGAAUGGAACUCAGGCCGACAACCACAGAUAAUCGACCAAAGCCCAAGCCAGGUACUUCUGGUCAAGCAUCUGCAGUGCGUCGUGGAACUUUAAACGCGAGGGGGGCGCCGCAAGCACCAGCCGCCGAGCCGCGAGCGAACCCCGUACCACAGAGGCGACCGGCAGCUCCGUUACGCGACCGACGCAACUACAGCACGAGGCCCACGCAGCGUCAUCGGGGGAGGAGGACCUGACUUCGCAUCCAGAGGUACCUAUUCCUGUUGCUGGCCGUUUACAAUAUUUUUACCAACAAUGGACUGACAUCACAAACGAUCCUACCAUUUUAUCAUGGGUUAAGGGUUAUAAAAUUCCAUUUAUAGAUAAUCCGGUGCAAUAUGAGAUACCCAAGAAUAAGUGUUGUUCCGAAAUGGAAGCUGAAAUAAUUGAUGAAUGUGUUUCGAAUUUAUUACAAUCCCAAUUUAUUUCACCUUGCAAUUCAUGUGAAGGUCAAUAUAUUUCACCAAUUUUCACAGUUCCAAAACCGAAUGGUAAACAUAGGUUUAUAUUAAAUCUAAAGGGUUUAAAUAAACACAUAGACGUUCAGCACUUCAAAAUGGAAGAUUACCGUACGGUUUUGAAACUCAUUGAACACAAUGAUUACAUGGCCACAAUAGAUAUUCAAGACGCAUACUUUUUAGUUAAUAUAGAUAUUGAGGAUCGCAAAAAAUUAAGAUUCCAAUGGCGUUCAAAUAUUUAUGAAUUUAACGUCCUUCCCUUUGGUCUAUGUACUGCACCUUUCGUUUUCACGAAACUAUUGAAACCAAUAUUAUGUAAUCUACGUUCAGCUGGCUAUGUAUCUGUAAAUUAUCUAGAUGACUUUUGCUGUAUCGGUUCAUCAUUUGAACAAUGUGUUAAUAACGUAAACGCCACCAUAUCACUUUUAGAAU